AAAAAAAAAAGGAUUAAAAAGCACUAUAAAAUAUUGAGAACUAAAUUGAGACUUAGUAAAUAUUUAAAGGACUAUUCUAGCAAUUCCCUUCACCUAUUGCUCAAACAGCCGUAAAACCCCUUUGAUUCGUUAAGUAUUUUCCUCGACCAAACCUCCCAGACAAAAAGUCGCAAAGGGCAAAUACCCUCCCCCUUUGUUCUUCUUUCUUCUCUGGUCUUCCUUACGGUGGCGACCCAUAUCUAUCUGCCCAUAGAUAGCAAUAUUUUCAGGUAUCUUUAUAUAUUUUUGUUAUUAGUGUAUAUUAAAUUUCCCAUACUAGUCGCCUGCCUGAGGUUUCAUGAUUUUUGAAUUCAUAUUCCACUUUCUUUUUUUCCUGUCUCUCUUUUGUGGCAAAUGAAGAAUAUUUUCAUGUUGGUGGGUUGUUUAAUGGUGUAUACUUUCACUCAACUUAAUAGAUGGGAAAAUUCUUUAGCUGGAUAAUCAUAAUUAGUUGUGCUAUUUAAUUGCAUCCGAAUAGUUAUUAAACUAGGACAAAGUUUUAAGCUAUUUCAGUUCGUCGAUUUUUCUUUUUUCUUCUUUUUUUUUCCAUUCUGGCUCAAGGACUGGUAGUUUUGUUUCUUAGUUGGAUUUUUUUGACUUUGAAUGGCAAUGUGCGUAAUCCCUUUUGGGCAUUGUGUGUUAUGCUAUUGUAUGUAUGUCGAUAGAUUUAAUUCAAGGGAACUAAAACUAUUAGCUUAGAUUUUGUGCUGGGUAACGUAAAUAAUGGACAUUUUUGUUGUAGAAGUUUAGACCUUGAAACACUUUAGAUGAAUGACUGGCUGCUAAGUUGUUUUAACUCUUCCUCGAGUCAGUCUAGUGAGUGCUGGAGGAAGUGGAAUUAGAUCCCACGAUACACUAAAAGAAACAAUGGAGGAAUAUUAGUUUUUCUUCUAACUCAAACUGCUGCAUGUCAAACACUAUAAGAGAUUUGCAUGCCAUUUUUACCCUUGUUUCUGUGAGUCUUGAGGCCACCGCAAUGCCUCAGCUCGAGUUCUAUUGGACGCUAAUUAAAUGGACAUACAGGACAUUUUCAUAAAGAAAUGUAGAAGUCAAGUGUUAGAAUUUUACCUAACUUUUUUUGUGCAUAAAAAAAUAUACUGCAAAUCUUAAGUCAGAAAAAUCACAAUUUGGGAUGGAUUUCAAUUUUCUUGUUUGUUAUCAAUAUUCUUAUGUUGAUUCAUUAUUUUCUUGAUGUUGAUAGAUGAGAGUAAAGAAGCAGAAACGCCAUCGAAAAGCUUUCAGAUUCUAUACAGCUUGCUUUGGUUUCAGGGAGCUUUUUAAAGUUCUGUGUGAUGGAACUUUUGUGCACCACCUGCUUCUCAAUAAGAUCACUCCUGCUGAUACUGCGUUGGCUAAUGCUUUAGGUGCCCCAGUAAAGAUUUUUACUACCAGAUGUGUUCUUGGCGAGUUGAGAAGCCUUGGUAACUCCUAUGCUGAAUCUCUUAAUGCAGCUCGUAACCUGUUAACCGCAAGAUGUGACCAUGAGAAACAGAAGAGUGCUAUCAGUUGCAUAACUAAUAUUAUUGGAGAAAACAAUUCUGAGCAUUUCUUUGUGGCUACUCAGGAUGCUGAAUUACAGAAGAAAUUUCAAAAGGUUUGUUCAAUGUUUUCUUCUCCACAACACCAUAGCAUCUAGUCUCUCUCACUUUAUGCUAACUCUAUUGGUUGAACAUUAGACAGCUAUCUGAUUUUUUUCCAUUUUAAAGUCCAAAUAUUUGCCUCAUGUAGUUGCAUAUGGUUUUGGUUUGCUUAACUUUCAUAGGCAAGGUAUAAGGUGUUAAUAUGAUGGAAA